CGCCUGUUCAUUUUCGACGCCUCGACCCCUUACGCUACUAACCACGGUCGAUCCUAUUUCUCUUCUCUGCCACAUUUUUGAGAUGGGAGACAGCGAAGAAAAACCUUGCAGCUUUAUUAAAGCUGGUAAUAUCAGUACUUCCCCUGAACAACAUCACCAUCAUCAUCACCAUCAUCAUUCAGCACCCCAUGGACACAGUCAUGGUGCCAAUGAGCAUGGACACGCCCAUGAAUUUAUGUCGAAUCCUGGCCUGUGGACAGAAAGAGACAAAUUAGUGAAUAGAUCUGACUGGAAACAACGGGCUUUUACAGUAGGUAUCGGUGGUCCUGUUGGAUCAGGAAAAACUGCACUAGUCUUAGCUCUUUGCAGACAUUUAAGGGAUUCCCAUGGAGUAUGUGUUGUCACUAAUGACAUCUUCACUAGGGAGGAUUGGGAAUUUCUUGUUAAAAAUGAAGCUUUACCAGAGGAAAGAAUGAGAGCUGUAGAGACAGGAGGCUGUCCUCAUGCUGCUAUAAGGGAGGAUUAUUCACUGAACAUGGAGGAGGUUAAAGACUUGACCAAAACAUUCCAACCAGAUCUGGUGAUAAUUGAAUCUGGUGGAGACAAUCUUGCUGCUAAUUACAGCAGAGAACUGGCUGAUUACAUUAUUUACGUCAUUGAUGUUGCAGGGGGAGACAAAGUUCCUCGUAAAGGAGGUCCAGGCAUAACACAGAGCGACUUGCUUGUUAUCAACAAAACUGAUUUAGCAGAAGCUGUUGGAGCAGAUCUUAAGGUGAUGGAACGAGAAUCUGCUAUGAUGCGCCAAGGUGGUCCAACUAUAUUUUCCCAGGCCAAACAUCUGGUUGGCGUUAAAGAGAUUGCAGAUCACAUACUUGCUGCUUACAAGGACAAUGUGAAACAUUAAUGUAGAAGAUUACAGAGGCCUCCUUUUAUUAUACUAUAAAAACAAAUCUUGGUGUACAUGUGAAUAGCUCAUCAUUAAAAAAUGGGUUUUCAGGCUGAA